CCUGCAGACAUUAGGCUGCCUGCCAGCCUUGCGCAAGGUGUACUUCAACCCAGUGCAGCGGGCCUCGCGGGAGUUCUAUGGGGAUGUCAAGCCCAUGACCGGCACAGAAGGCUUCAGGGCAGUGGUCCUGGCCGACCCAGGGCGCGCAAUGGGCAAGUCCUGGCUGCGCGCAGCUCCUGGGGCGCAGUCUGCUGUCGGUCUGUCACGCGCCGUCGCCGCACUCAACUUUGAGCGGGGCCUGCGAGGGCGCAAAGGUUCGACAACUUCUACAGCGAGCACUCAAUGGAGUCAUCCGAUGACGAGGGCUUUGGGCAGAGUGCUGAGCUGGAAGAUGGCAAGCUCGCAGCGCCCGGCUGGCGCCGCCUGUACACAAAGUGUAUCUCCGACGGCUGGUCCAGCUGUGACGAUGACUACGAGGAUGACAUCAGCGGCGAUGAGCCGGACGAGCCUGCAGCCCAUGCAUCACAUGUGGAGACUGAAGAUGAAAGUGAGAGGGAAGGUGGUGUCGGGGAUGGCGAUUGAUGCCAUGCAGUGAUUGUCACUUUAGCUGUCCUUUCUGAAUUACUUUGUUGCUGAUAGGUGAUCUUGGCACCAUUUCGGGCACCACCUGUCACCUUGUAAUUUGGAAAUUGAACUU